AUGGCUCUUCUCGUGCUCAUCGCGGGCCUCGUGCUCGCGGGCCUCCUCGCCCGCGAGUUUUAUAGCUGGUACCGUCUCUCGCACGUCCCCGGCCCGUUCUGGAACUCCGUUACGGGUUGGGCUAUGGCGCGGACCGCCCUCAAGGGGAGUGUCCACGAGUCUUACAUGGAACUCGAGGCCGAGUUCGGGCCCUUGGUCCGCAUUUCGCCCAACACCGUCAUGUUUAGUGAUGGGGACACGCUGCGGAAAAUCGCCGCCGUGCGGAGCAAGUACACCAAGGGUGAAUGGUAUGUGGUGGGAAGGACAACGCCUGGCGAGGACCAUCUCUUCUCCAUGCGCGACGAGGAGAAGCGCAAGCAUCUGAAGAGCAAGAUGGGACCUGGUUACUCCGGCCACGAGAAUGGCGGAUUCGAGGAUGGCAUCGACAGGAACAUCGCCGCCUUCGUCAACCUCAUCGAAUCGAAAUACAUCUCCACCGCAACCGACUACCGGCCCAUCGAUAUGGCUAGCGCCGCUACCUACUUUGCCCUCGACGUCAUCAGCGAGCUGGGCUUCGGCACUCCGUACGGUUUCCUGAAGGAAGACCGCGACCUUUACCAAUACGUCCAGACCAAGGACGCUUUCUUCCCCGUCAUGAUCACCAUGAUGAACGUACCUUUUCUUGCCAAACUCAUGCACAACUGGCCUCUCAAUCUCGGCUUGCCCAAGUCGGGCGACCAAGCCGGGUUCGGUGCUCUUAUGGGGUUUGCAAAGAAUUUCGUCGACAACAGGAUGAAACCCGACGCAAAGCCAGGACGGGACAUGAUCCAGUCGUUCAUCAACGCAGGCUUGAGCCGCGAUGAACUGACGCAGGAGGUUUACGUUGAAACCAUCGCCGGCUCCGACACAACCGCAACCGCAAUCCGCAUGACCCUCCUCUCCCUCCUCUCCAACCCAGCCGCCUUCACCGCCCUCCGCCACGAAAUCGACACCGCCAUCGCCUCCCACCGCAUCAGCUCCCCGAUCCGCGACGCCGAAGCCAAAUCCCUACCCUACCUCCAAGCCGUCAUCCGCGAAGCCCUGCGCCUCUACCCGCCCUCCACGGGGAUCGUGAGCAAAGAGGUGCCCGCGGGCGGCGACACCAUCCACGGGUACUACCUCCCCGCGGGGACGCAGGUCGGGGAGAACGUGUGCAGCAUCGGGCGCGACAAAGACGUCUUCGGGCCGGACGCGCACCUGUUCCGGCCGGAGCGGUGGAUCGAGGCCGCUGAGGACAAGGACGAGGAGAGGUUUAAGAAUAUGCUGGCUGCCGUGGACUUGGUGUUUGGGUAUGGCAAGUUUUAUUGUGUGGGACGGACCAUUGCGCUGAUGGAGUUGAAUAAGGUCUUUGUUGAGCUUAUCCGGAGAUACGAUCUUGCUAUUGCAAAGCCCGAGAGACCUAUGAAGCUUUUCAGCGCUGGCUUCUGGAUUACCCACGAGUUUUGGCUUCGUGUGACCAAGAGGGCUGCCGGACCGUGCAGCUGA